AUGACAGAAUCUACCGAUAUUCCAGGGCAAUCCAGCACUGAAUACGACGCGAUACUGGAAAAAAUCGCGCACACUGACAUCGUAGAUUCAGACUGGCCUACGCUAUGUGCUGCAAUCAAAGAGAAAUUGGAAAAGAAUAUCUCACUGUUUUUGGCAACAACCCAGAAACCUCCUUUGCCCGCCCCUUACAGCCCGAUUACCACUGCGCUCGGAGGUCUCAAGCUGCCUCCAUUCCUACCUCGUCCAGUAGGCCAGGCACAAUUUAACGAUACUCCCGUUAGCUAUAUGACUGAAGAAGAGGCAAAUGAAAUGAAGGAAAACAUCUUUGCCCAACUGGAUCAAUUCGAAAGUAAUCCGCCAUUCACAAUACAACGCCUUUGUGAGUUAUGCUUGGAACCAAAAAGACAUUACAAGUCUGUUGGCAAAUAUCUGCGGGCCGUCGAGAAGUCGAUCUUAGUGACUUCGACAUGGGACAGCUUCCCACCUCUCACCGAAGGUGAAUUGAACUCUGCAGGUCGCAGUGCAAUUAUGCUUGGGUCGACAAUGCAGUCUGCUCCAAGCACACCACUAUUUUCUCCCAUUCCUUUCCUGCAUGAUGAUGCACGAAGAUCUAAGUCUCGUAGCCCACCUCCAACCCCAUUCACCUUAGACGCCACGAUGCCUAGCGCAAAUGAUUUGGGAGAAGUACAAGCACUAGGACUGGUUGAUGAACUAGACGAUCCCAAUCCUGGACAUAUGAGCGAUCAUCCUACAGCACUGUCAUCCGUCACUUCUCUAGGGGAUACUUCACGACCAUUUCUAGCAAGUUUAGAUCAACGUUUCGUGAAAUCAGAAGAGGAUAUGGACACAAGUGUCGGAACUGCUGGUUCUGCACCCGAUAAUAUGGAUUUAGAUGAAGACAAAGAGAAUACCAAAGCAGAAUGA